AUGUCUCUAUUUCUAGGGCUGGUAGAUCUAGCAAUCGUCAACGGAUACCAUGCGAGCAAGGGCACACGACCACUGACGCACGUGCAGUAUAUUCGCAAGCUGCACCUGGAGCUGAUUUACUUGAAGAGCGAGGACAUGUACGAAGACAACAAGUUCGGAGCUGCGUCUACUGCGGCACCUGCAGCUUCUGCGAGCAGAUCGGAACGUACUUCAUGUACACAGCACUUACCGAAGCAGAUUGACGAAUGGAGAACGUACUCGGGGCAGUCGAAGCGAGUGCAGCAAAACUGCAAGAUUUGUUCUUUGAUGCGUACGGAUGGGAAGCGAGGCGGGACCACGACGUAUUGCUGCGAGGCUUGCGUCGACUCUCAGCAAGUGUACCUGUGCAUGAAGCCGAAGAAGACCAUCGACGGUGUCCUGAUGAGCUGCUGGGAGAUCUGGCACACCACAUACAAGAACGGCACCGCCAUUCCUGACCACCUGCAGAACAAGAUCCGGCUGCGCAAGUCCCCAGCCAAGAAGCGCCGCCGUGCUUCGUCGGGCGACUCGAGUGAGUGA